AUGUCAGUCUCAGUCUCAGUGAUCAGUUGUGAACGUCGUGAACUCGUUAAAACAAGCGGCAAUACUAGCAAUUUGAGGGAUCACCUCAAGAGAUUUCACCCUGAAUUAGAGUCGACUGAACCGAGUGAAGAUGACAUACACGAUGCAAGUACUUCUUCUGGAACAAUUAAGUCGUUUUUCAAAAAGCAAACUGUAUAUGACCGCAAUAGUCACAGAAAACUCGAGUUGGAUAAAGCCCUUGUAUUUAUGGUUUGUAAAGAUUUUCAACCAUUUUCGAUUGUAGAUGAUGUUGGUUUUAAAAAUUUUACUAAACUGCUAGACCCUAGGUAUGAUUUACCAUCUAGAAAAACACUAACAGAUGUAAUUUUAAAGAGACAAUAUGAAGAAAGUAAAAUAAAACUAUUAGCAAUAUUUGAAGGAGUAUUAUAUAUCAGUUUAACAUGUGAUCUGUGGACAUCUAGAUCAAAUGAGGGAUAUUUAACUGUUACAUCUCAUUUUAUUGAUACAGAUUUUAAUAUGCGUUGUGCAGUUUUAUCAACAAAUUUAAUGAAAGAUAAUGCAUCAUCUAUGAUAAAAGCAUGUGAAAUUUUAAAAGUUCGACAUACUCCGUGUUUUGCGCAUACUUUAAAUUUAGUUCUUGAAGAUGCAUUAAGUCAUAAAGAUAUUCAAACAGUCGUCAAAAAAUGCAAAGAUAUUGUAACAUAUUUUAAAUGUAGUAACAUAGCAACACAAAAGUUACUUGAUGAACAAGAAAAAAUAAAUAAAAAGCCUCUUAAACUUACUACUCAAUAA